UGCCCACAAACAAACAUGGCGCACCACACUCGUUGUUUACAGGUCUGUCUUCUAGUUUUGAGAACGUAUUUUAACAUCCAGAGUAAUUUAAUUCAAUGUCUUCAUGCCGUCCAAAGACAAUGUCAUAGACAACGUCUACGCUCAAGACGACAGAUAGCCUUGGUGAUCAUGAGAAGACGGACAUCUGCUGUGUGGUCCUAUCCUCGAGAGCACAAGUGGUGGGAUACCAUUGUACCUGAAUUCACUCCAGAACAGUUCAUCCAGAAUUUUCGGGUCUCACGGGAGUCUUUUGAGUACAUCUGUUGUCGCCUCAAGCAUGUGCUUGAACGAAGGAAUACCAAUUUCCGCUUGUGUGUACCUGUAAAAAAACGAAUUGCCAUUGCCCUUUGGAAGCUUGCCACUGGCAAUGAGUACAGAAGUGUCAGUCAGCUUUUCGGGGUUGGCGUGAGCACUGUAUUCAACUGUGUGCAGGACUUCUGCAACGCUGUAAUUAAAGUUCUUCUGCCUGUACACAUUAAAUUCCCAGAUUCAAGAAAGUUGAAAGAGAUGGCAGAUGUUUUUGAAAAUCGCUGGAACGUUCCUCAAUGUGUGGGUGCAAUAGAUGGAAGCCACAUUCCAAUAAUAGCACCUGAAAAAUACCCUCGUGACUAUUUUAACAGGAAAGGAUGGCAUUCAAUAGUAAUGCAAGCAGUAGUGGAUGGCAAAGGGCUUUUCUGGGAUUUGUGUGUUGGCCAUCCUGGGAGCGUACAUGAUGCGAGGGUCCUAAGACAGUCUUAUUUGUGGAAGAUGUUGAAUGAUGGACACCCGUUAAACCAAAGCAAAGUACACAUCUCUGGUUGUGAUGUUGGAUACUACCUGAUUGGAGACUCAGCCUAUCCCUUGCAAAACUGGCUGAUGAAGCCAUUUCCAGACACGGGCAGACUAACCCCACAGCAGCAAAGGUUCAAUCUCAGGUUGAGUAGUGCAAGGUUAGUUGUGGACUCAAGUUUUGGAAGGCUAAAGGCAAGAUGGAGGUGCCUCUUAAAAAGGAAUGACUGUAAACUGGAGCUGAUAAAGAAGAUGGUUUUGACCUGCUGUGUGCUGCACAAUAUCUGUGAGGAACGUGACCACUUCAGUGAAGACCUUUCAGCCAUCCAUAUGUACAUGCAGCCUCCCGUUCAGGCAUUAAUAGAUCACGGACAACCAGAAGGGACGGAUGUACAAGCUGCAUUAUUAGACUACUUUAACAGACAGGACAGUGAAAUUAUUCAAGUAGCAGUUUAAUUUUAUUACUUUUUCUAUUGUUUUUCCUCAGAUCCUUACUUGCUGAUGGUGUGAAUGUUCAAUAAAUGUUCCAAAAUUUAGAUGUAUAUUGAUUUAUUAUAAAAAUGAAUUGCAAUAAAAAAAUGCAAAUAAAUUUGACAAACGUAAAGUGUUAAUCUGUAAAGUACAAAGAC